AUGGGGGCUCUCACUUUUGCAACAGCCAACUGCAGAAGGACUGCCUUCAAAACCCCUAUAGGCCUAUCUCCAUUUCAAAUGGUUUAUGGCAAAGCUUGCCAUUUUCCAUUAGAAAUGGAACAUAAAGCAUACUGGGCUUUGAAGUUCUUAAAUUUUGAUGAGACUCUAUCAGGGGAAAAGAGAAAGUUGCAACUCUUGGAGCUGAAAGAGAUGAGGUUGAAUACUUAUGAGUCUUCAAGAUUGUACAAAGAAAAAGUGAAGGCUUGUCAUGACAAGAAGCUGAUAAAGAAAGAUUUUAGGCCAAGCCAACAAGUUCUGCUAUUCAACUCAAGAUUGAAGCUAUUUCCAGGCAAGUUAAAGUCUAAAUGGUCUGGACCAUUCACCAUCAAGGAUGUCAAGCCUUAUGGAGCAGUGGAAUUAUUUGACCCUUAG